GAAACGCGACACCUACUCUCACACCUCACUCUCACACUCACUCUCUCUCCAUUUCCACAAUCACCAAUUUCGUUUUCAUUUCACCUCUACAUAACUUCUCAAAACCCUUCCUCAAGAGUUAGGGUUUUUCAUUUUCGAUGGCGAGAGUCAGAAAAAAAUCCACUCCCGAAGAAGAUGAACAAGAGAAAAUCCAAAGGAAAGGGAAGAGGAAAUUAGCUUCUACUGCCGAAGACGAUGACGCAGAUGAAGAGAUGGAUGAGUUUGAGGUGGAUGGGUUUUUAGUUGGUAGUGAUGAAGACGAGGAAGCUAGCAGUGAAGAAGAUAAUUCUAAGCAAUCACAAAAGAAGAAAAAGAGAAAGAGAUCAUCGAAAAACAUUGUUCUUGACGACGAUGAUCUUGAAUUGAUACGUGAGAACAAGAAAAAAAUGAAUGAUGGAAAGCUCAAGAGGCUUAAAAAGACUGGCAGAGUUACCGAGCCGAUGGAACAAUCUUCUGAUGAUGAAGGAUCUCUUAAUGAUCUUUUCGAAGAGUCUGAAGAUGCUGAAGAUGAUAUGUCAGAUUUUAUAGUGGACGACGAGCCUGCUAUGUAUGGGAAGGGAGAUUCUCUCAGACCAAAAAAGUUUAAAGGCACGAAACAUUCAUCUUCAAUUUCAAAAGAAGCCAAUCGCAGAUCUGGUAAGUCAGGCGAUGAUCCUAAAAAUAUGGACGUAGCUGGAGAGGGUAACUCUGUUGCUGAUUCAGACUUACCUGAGAGGAUACAGAUGAUUGAGGACAUUGUAGGAUCUAUUCCAGUUGACAGAAUGAGUAUCGAAGAAGAAAGUUCUUGGAUACUACGCCAACUUGCAUCCAACAUAAAUCCAUUGUUCAGUGAGGCCAAAUCCUGUGGACUAGGUGAUUCAGUAAAUAGGGAGGAUAUUGUUAGGUUCUUGGAAUUGUAUCAUAUAAAGAAAUAUGAUAUUCCGUUUAUUGCCAUGUACCGUAAAGAACAAUGCCCCAGUCUUCUGAGAGAUAGUAAACAGGAUGACUCAGAAAGCACAUUAUUGAAUGACGGUGAGGGAAAACCUAAAUUGAACUGGCACAAGAUACUCUGGAUAAUCAAGGAAUUGGACAUAAAAUGGCUACAUCUUCAGAAACGAAAGAGCAUGCUCCAAAGAUACUAUAACAAACAUUUUGAGGAUGAAUGCCAAAUGUCUUUCCUUGCCGAGGAAUCCAUUUUCCACAAGCAGAUUUUUGACUCGAUCACCAAUAUGCUCGAGAAGGCUGAAACAGAGAAAGAGAUUGAUGAUGUUGAUAUGAAGUUUAAUUUGUAUUUUCCACCAGCUGACGAGUUCUUAAGUAGUGGUUAUAAAAGGCCUCUGAUGAAGACAUACUAUUCCGAUUGCAGAAAGGCAGGAUUGUCUUCACUUGCUAGGAAAAUUGGAAAUCCUGAGAAAUUUAGUUCUGUAGUUACUCUUAACAAAGUGGGAAUUGCGAGUGAAGAAGAUCCAGAGGAAUCUCCAGAGGAGAUGGCUGUCAUAUAUACAUGUGAAACUUUUCAAACUUCAGAAGCCGUGCUUAAAGGCGCCAGGCACAUGGCUUCCUUGAUGUUAAGCUGCGAGAUACCUUUCAGGAAACAAGUCCGCAGCAUAUUUAUGGAUAAGGCUUUAGUAUCAACUAGCCCUACAUUGAAAGGAAAUAUAGUUAUAGAUUCCUUUCAUGAAUUUGCUGGAUUUAAGUGGCUGAAGGACAAACCUCUCUUGAAGUUUGAGGAUUCUCAAUGGCUUCUCAUUCAGAAGGGUGAAGAAGAGGAACUUCUUAAAGUUGAAAUAAAGUUGCCUGAUGAUGCUGUAAAGGAGUUGAUGGCGAUCUUCAACGAUGCUUAUCUCAAAGACAGUGAAGGAACAUCUACUCAACUUUGGAAUGAGCAGCGUAAAUCAAUCCUGCAGGAUACUAUUUCAAGCAUUCUUUUGCCUUCUAUGGAGAAGGAAGCACGGGCAUUGUUAAAUGCUAAGGCCAAAAUCUGCUCAUUAAUGAAGUAUGCGAUGCAGUUUUGGAACAGAGUCUCUGUGGCACCCUAUCUAAACAAUGACAAUGCUGCUGUACAAGAGCGGGGAGUAGUAGCUUGUUGCUGGGGAAAUGGUAAGCCAGGUACCACAUUUGUCAUGUUGGAUUCUAAAGGUGAGUUGGUUGAUAUAAUGCAUGCCGGGUCACUGACACUGCGAUCUCAGAAUGUCAAUGACCAGCAGCGCAAAAAAAGUGACCAGAAGUGUGUCCUUAAGUUCCUAACAAUUCAUCGACCUAAGGUUAUUGUACUAGGAGCUGCCAAUGCGACCUGUAUAAGGUUGAAGGAGGACAUCAAUGAGAUUAUUUCCAUGAUGUCUGAGGACAAUUUUCAAGACGUCAGUCAAGAUAUGAAUGGACUACCAGCAGUUGUAUUGGGGGACGAAGGCUUGCCGCAUCUGUAUGAAGAGUCAGAGAUAUCAAUGAGCCAGUUCCCCAGACAAUAUGGCAUUGUAAAGAGAGCUGUGGCCCUUGGACGUUACCUUCUAAAUCCACUGGCAAUGGUUGCAACACUCUGUGGAGUCAAUAAAGAGGUAUUGUCUUGGAAAUUAAACCCUCUGGAGACAUUCCUUUCAAGUGAUGAAAAAAUGGAGAUGAUUGAAUGGAUCAUGAUAGAUAUUACUAACCAAGUAGGUAUAGACAUAAAUAUGGGAAUUAGACAUGACUGGCUGUUGGCACCUUUGCUGUUUGUUUCUGGUCUUGGACCCACGAAAGCUGGUGUUUUGCAUAGAGAACUACUUGGAGGUACAGAUGUGAGAAAUCGGAAGGACUUGGCCAAAUUUGGACUGAACACUAAAAGGGUUUUCUGCAAUGCUGUUGGUUUCUUACAGGUUUCUUGUGAUGAACCAAAUUUUGUUGAUACUACUGGCAAUAUCCUUGACCGCACAAGAAUUCAUCCAGAAUCAUAUAGUCUUGCUGAGGAAUUAGCUAAAGCUGUUGUUACUAAAGAUUAUGCUGAUGCCAAUGAUACCCAACUGAAUGCAAUUGAAUGUAUUCAAAAUGAUCCAAAACUGCUAGAGAGUUUUGAUCUUAAUGAAUAUGCUGACAGAAUGGAAACUGAAAAAGGUGAAUACAAAAGAGUUACUCUUUUUGACAUAAAAAUGGAACUAGUCCAUGGAUUUAAAGAUCCCAGAAGCCCUUAUCAGGAACCGACUCAAGAGGAUGAGUUCUACAUGGUAACUGGAGAAUCAGGGGUUGCACUGAUUGAAGGAGAAAGAGUUCAGGCAACAGUUCGUCGUGUACUGGCUCGUCAGGCAUUCUGUGUGCUUGAAUCUGGAAUAUCUGGAGUACUGUUUAAGGAGGACUUUUCAGAUGAUAUUGGGGAUAUACCAUUGACGGAAAAAUUGCGUGAAGGCGUUGUGCUGAAAUGCAAGAUCAAACUAAUUGAUAAGAGUAGAUGCCAGGUUAAUCUGACAUGUAUGAAGAGUGUUGGUGAUCAAAGUUUCCGCGACAAGGAUCCCUAUUAUUGUCAAGGAAACAUCGACUUGCUAAGUCAACAAGAGUCAACAGACAAAAAGGAUGCAAAUAAAAAUUUCUUGUCGAGAAAAAUUUCUCAUCCCCAUUUUCAGAAUAUAACUGCAGAUCAGGCAAAGGAGUUCCUUGCAGAUAAGGCCGUUGGGGAAUAUAUUUUCCACCCAAGUUCAAGGGGUCUAUGUUAUUUGACCCUAUCUCUUAAAUAUUUUGAUGCACUUUAUGUACACAAAGACAUUUUGGAAGGUGGGAAGAGUGAUGAUAUGAAUAGCUUGGUUGAACUUGGAAGGACAUUAAAAAUAGGAGAGGAAAUAUACGAGAGCAUAGAUAAGGUUAUUGAGCUCUAUGUCAACCCAAUGGUAGUUCAUCUGAAUGAUUUGAUUAAUUUCCGAAAAUUUAAGAAAGGCUCCAAAGCUGAAGUUGACGAACUGUUGAAACACGAGAAGGAGGAAUAUCCAAACAGGAUACCAUAUGGCAUUGGCAUUUCAUAUGAGUAUCCUGGCGUUUUUAUAUUGUUUUACAUUAGAAGUACAAAUCCACAUCAUGAGUUUAUUGCUGUUCAUCCAAAAGGAUUCAGAUUCAGGAAGCAAAUAUUCGAUAAUGUUGAGCAGCUGAUGGGAUAUUUUCAGAAUCAUAUCAAUGAUACACGAGCGAAAGACCAAUCAAAAGAUUACAAUGACAGUGGGGGUGGCCGUGGCCGCGGUCGUGGUCGUGGCGGGGGUGGUGGAACAUGCUACAAAUGUGGUGAGUCGGGUCACAUGGCUAGGGAGUGCACUCAGGAGGGUGGCGGAGGUGGAGGGAGGGGCGGUGGUGGUGGAACAUGCUACAAAUGUGGCGAGUCAGGUCACAUGGCUAGGGAAUGCACUCAAGAGGGUAGUGGAGGUGGAGGGAGGGGAGGCGGUGGUGGUGGAACAUGCUACAAAUGUGGCGAGUCGGGUCACAUGGCUAGGGAAUGCACUCAAGAGGGUGGCGGAGGUGGUGGGAGGGGUGGUGGUGGAACAUGCUACAAAUGUGGUGAGUCGGGUCAUAUGGCUAGGGAAUGCACUCAGGAGGGUGGUGGAGGUGGUGGGAGAGGCGGUGGUGGUGGUGGAGCAUGUUACAAAUGUGGUGAGUCAGGUCACAUGGCUAGGGAAUGCACUCAAGAGGGCGGUGGAGGUGGAGGGAGGGGAGGUGGUUCCUGCUACAAAUGUGGUGAGUCAGGUCACAUGGCCAGGGAAUGCACUCAAGAGGGCGGUGGAGGGGGAGGGAGGGGAGGUGGUUCAUGCUAUAAAUGUGGUGAGUCAGGUCACAUGGCUAGGGAAUGCACUCAAGAGAGUGGUGGAGGUGGAGGGUGGAGCAGCGGUGGUGGACGUAGAGGUGGAAGAGGCCGUGGCCGUGGCCGUGGUUCUAGCUAUAGCUCUUUCUCUCAUGAUGAUAACGUUGAUGUCAAUGAUGGUGGUGGGUUUGGUACUUCAGGUGGUGGGAGUGGAUGGGGAGGAACUGGUGGUGGGAGUGGAUGGGGAGGGACUGGCGGUAAAAGUUGGGGUGGAAAUAAUACAAAUGAAGAAAGCAAUCCCGUAACUGGUGGUUGGGGGGUCACAGCUGCCGAUAAUGGUGGAUCUGGAAAUGAUAAUGGUAAAAGUUGGGGCGGAAAUAGUUCUAACAAAGAAAGCAUUACAACAGAAGGUGGUUGGGGAGUCACAACUGGAUCAGGAAAUGAAAUAGGUGGCACAAGUUGGGGUGGAAAUAGUACUAACAAAGAGAGCAAUGCAACAAAAGGUGGUUGGGGGGGAGGCGCAACUGGAUCUGGAAAUGAAAACGGUGGUAAAAUUUGGGUUGGAAAUAGUACUAAUAAUGAAAGCAAUACAACAGGAGGCGGUUGGGGAGUCACAGCUGGAUCUGGAAAUGAAAAUGGUGGUAAAAGUUGGGGUGGAAAUAGUACUAACAAAGAGAGCAAUACAACAGAAGGUGGUUGGGGAGUCACAACUGGAUCUGGAAAUGAAACUGGUGGUAAAAGUUGGGGUGGUAAUAGUACUAACAAUGAAAGCAAUACAACAGGAGGUGGUUGGGGAGUCGCAGCUGGAUCUGGAAAUGAAAAUGGUGGUAAAAGUUGGGGUGGUAAUAGUACUAACAAUGAAAGCAAUACAACAGGAGGUGGUUGGGGAGUCGCAGCUGGAUCUGGAAAUGAAAAUGGUGGUAAAAGUUGGGGUGGUAAUAGUACUAACAAUGAAAGCAAUACAACAGGAGGUGGUUGGGGGGGAGUCACAACUGGAUCUGGAAAUGAAACUGGUGGUAAAAGUUGGGGUGGAAAUAGUACUAACAAAGAAAGCAAUGCAACUGAAGGUGGUUGGGGAGUCACAACUGGAUCUGGAAAUCAAAAUUCUGGAUGGAGUUCUGGUCAUGGGAAGAAUGCAGCUCCCUCUGGUGGUGAGAGUGGAUGGGGAGGGACUAAUGGUGGAAGUGGAUGGGGAGGUACUGGAGGGAGUGGGGGUAAAAGUUGGGGUGGAAGUAGUACAUAUGAAGACAAUAAUACAGAAGAAGGUGGAGGCAGUGGCUAUGGAGGCGGUGGUGGACGAGGAAGGGGUAGAGGUGGUGGGGUGUGCUUCAAGUGUGGUGAGUCGGGUCACAUGGCUAGGGACUGCACUCAAGAGGGUGAUGGAGGUGGAGGGAGGGGUGGAGGCGGACGAGGAGGUGGCAGAGGUGGUGGGGCAUGCUACAAGUGUGGUGAAUCAGGUCACAUGGCUAGGGACUGCACCCAAGAGGGUGGUGGAGGUGGAGGAUGGGGAGGCGGUGGACGAGGAGGCGGAAGAGGUAGUGGGGCAUGCUUCAAGUGUGGUGAGUCGGGUCACAUGUCUAGGGACUGCACCCAGGAGGGUGGUGGAGGUGGAUGGGGAGGCGGGGGAAGAGGAGGCGGAAGAGGUGGUGGGUCAUGCUUCAAGUGUGGUGAAUCGGGUCACAUGUCUAGGGACUGCACCCAGGAGGGUGGUGGAGGUGGAGGAUGGGGAGGCGGUGGAAGAGGAGGCGGAAGAGGUGGUGGAGCGUGUUUCAAGUGUGGUGAGUCAGGUCACAUGUCUAGGGAUUGCACCCAAGAGGGUGGUGGAGGUGGAGGAUGGGGAGGCGGUGGAAGAGGAGGCGGAAGAGGUGGUGGAGCGUGUUAUAAAUGUGGGGAGUCUGGGCAUUUUGCGCGAGAAUGCCCAUCCAGCACUAGUUGAAGUUCAAUACCUACUGUUUAUAUGAUAGUUAAUCUUUUACAGGUUGGGUGUUAUUUUGUUUUUAUGCUUUAUGACAUGGUUGGAUUUUAUGAAAACCUAUUAUGGUUCUUCUCGCGUAUCAAAGUCUUCUCCUCCUGACAUCAUUUCUUAUUUAAAAGAAAUAUUCCAGAAGGAAGUUUGCGGCUCGCUUGCUAGUAAUGGUGGCUGUAUCUUGAAAUCAUAAUUCUGAUGAAGUGGUUAGUUCUCAUGAUAAGAAUAUGCAACUACAUCUUUUGAUGAGUAUAUAUGAAGAGAGGCUAUUGGUAAAAUUUGGUAACAAUUUCCUUGAUGCUAAUGAGACUCCUAGUGGUUGGUAUUUUACUCUUUAGAAGUAAACUCUCUUGUUUAGUUUGCUGUAAUUUAUGGCUGGGUAUGUAGGUACAAAAACAUGGCCUAUUAUUUGCAGUCUAGUUUAUUUUUCAUCUAUCAUCUGCAUCUAGAGGAAACUUUUUCAUAUUACUCUUUACUCAAACUACUUUCUCCCUUUAUUGUCCACCCAGUUGAAAAGAUCAUCACUGGUUUUCUAUCUGUUUGGAAUUAUCUUUCACUGAAUGAAUUUUA